CGUAAGGUCAAGAGGUUUAUGGCGGUUUCCUAUGGUCACCCGAUGGUCCCUAAUGCCUUUCUGUAGGGGUUGCUGUCUGUAAUGUGUGUAGGGGUCAACACAGAUAUGAUCCCGGAACUUGGCCGUGGUCGUAUCACUGUUCAUUCAGAGCUAUAUAUGUAAUCACGUGAAGAUCGGAACAACAACAAGCUUCCUGGUGUACAGACUUUUCGUUAUGGAGGGCGUCAGACUGGCUGUCCUGCUGUCUUUCUGUCUGCUGGACAUUACAUCUGCCCGCUGCCCGGCAGGGAAAUACGGCAACAAUUGUGCUUACACAUGUAACUGUCAUCACACAGUGUGUUAUUCUACAGUUGGAUGCCUACCGCAGACCUGCAACCCUGGAUGGUCGGGAAGAACAUGCCAGAAGAAUAAUGUUGCACUUGGCAAACCAGCUUCAGCUAGUAGCAUCUACUUCCAACCAACCAAUGCGGUGAACGGGGUGAAAACCGGAUAUAGCCAAUCUACAUGUAUGCAUACACAUUUCAACGAUGCUGCCAUUAGGGCCGCCUGGUGGAGAGUGGAUCUUGGACAGACAACGUCAAUACAUUACGUCAGCAUAUACUUCAGGAAAGAUUAUAAGGUCCGGCGGAACGGUAUCAAGAUCUACAUAGCUGGCACUGCCGCCUCUCCAACUGAUGGAGUCAACUGCUAUACCGUGACAGGGAACAGAGAUGGAACAAACAUACCUGAUGUUUUGACUGCCACGUGUUCUGGUAGAGGGCGCUAUCUAGUUCUGUACACCACCACUGUAAACAAAGAAAUCUACAACAUCAUCGUACCUGUCCUGGAUUUCUGUGAAGUGGAGAUUAAUGUAUGUGGCCCUGGUACUUUCGGUGCUGACUGUGACAACUACUGCCACUGCGACGGCGAUGUGUGUGACUACGUCAGCGGCGUCUGUCCAAGUGGAGUCUGUCUGCCAGGCUUUCAAACAGAAAGGUGUGACACAGCGUGUAUCUAUGGCAGUUAUGGAACAAACUGCAAUCAGAAGUGUUCAGACAGGAAUUGCAAGGGCGACAACUCUAGCUGUGACAGAUCCACGGGGGAGUGUGUUGGCGGCUGCAAGGCAGGGUGGAAUGGAAUAGACUGCACACAGAAGUGCGUAGUUACCUACGGAGACAACUGUGCUCGCCUAUGCUCUGCCAGAAACUGCAGUGGAACGUCGUCAUCCAGCUGUGAUCACGUGACGGGGAAGUGUGACGGAGGCUGCAAGCCCGGCUGGAAGGACAAUGACUGUACAACAGUGUGCACCCAGGGGUUAGAGUACGGAGCUGACUGUGUGGGUAACUGCAGUGCCCGGAUGUGUGAAGGAGGGUCGGGCAUCUGUCCCAAAGAUACAGGACGGUGUGAUUCUAGCUGUGAGUCGGGGUGGCAGGGUGAAGACUGUUCACAGGUCUGUAGUCUUGGUUCAUUCGGUGUCAACUGUACUGGAGAAUGUGGAGAAUGUCGUGACGCCAGCGACUGUCACCAUGUCAACGGAAGCUGCCUCACGGGAUGCAGCGAUGGGUGGACUCACCAGACAUGUACACAGAAGCUGGUUGAAACACCAUCGUCCAAUAUAGGAGUUAUAGCAGGCUCUGUAGGUUCCAGCUUUCUUGUAGCAGCCAUUGUUGUUACCGUCGUUGUCUUACUCAGACGGCGGAGACAUCCACACUCAACGAAAACAGAUAAACAUGCAGAUAUAUCCCAAGAGCAGACAGAAGACACUCUAUACAUGGUGGAAAACCCUGUGUAUGACAGUACUAUGGAUGUGGACGAGAAACACGAUCUUGAGUAUGCCAAUGCUGUAGACGUGGACGAGAACCAUGAACCUGUGUAUGCGAGUGCUGUGGAUGUAGACGAAAACCAAGACACUGUAUGCGCCAGUGCUGUAGAUGUGGGCGAGAAGCAUGACGUCGUAUGCACCAGUGCUGUAGAUGUGGAGGAGGCGAACGAGGACGACGCGGAGAGGGAUGAUGUGAAGGAGGACCACAGUGGCACGUACUACAACAUAACAAGUGCUCCUGCAGUAACACUGGUGUCCAUAGAGCAGCUGGGGGAUCGGAUCAAGGAGCUGCAGGUGCCCGUCGGGGGAUUCCAAGCAGAGUACCAGAAACUACCCACUACUUUCACCCGUUCCUACAACGACUCUCAGCUAGAUGUCAACAAGUGGAAAAACAGAUUCCUUAAUUAUUACCCAUAUGAUGACACCCGGGUCAGGUUGCAAACACUGCCAGGCAAGCCUGGUUCUGACUACAUAAAUGCAAGCUACAUUGACGGCUACUCCCAACCUAAAGCCUACAUUGCAGCGCAAGGUCCUACUGAACAGACGCUGACUGACUUCUGGAGGUUGAUCUGGGAAAAGAACUGUACAAGAAUCAUCAUGCUGACUAACCUCAUGGAGAUGGGAAAGGUGAAGUGUGUAACAUACUGGUCGGACAAAAGAGAUUUGACUGUGGGGAAUUUCCACAUCGUUGUAACUAACUCAAGCCAGCGAGCACAUUGGGUCGUGAGAGAACUACAAGUCACAGAUAUGAAGACCAGCACUUGUCGGUGCUUCAACCAAUUCCAUUUUACAACUUGGCCGGAUCAUGGGACACCCGAGGAGACCGCCUUGACUGAGUUUCUGUGGCUGGUAAGGAAAGCGCCCAUCACAAAAGAUGACUCUCUACUGGUGCACUGCAGUGCAGGGAUCGGCCGAACAGGAACCUACAUCGCUGUGGACUACCUAUUGGACCAGGCUCUGGCUGAAGAUAAGGUCGAUGUGUUUGGUUGUGUCUCAAAGAUGAGAGACCAGAGGAAGGGCAUGAUACAGACCAAGGACCAGUACAAAUGUGUUUACAUGACCUUGCAAGAGGCUCUGGAGUUUGGAAACACAACCAUGGAUAUGCAGGAGUUCAAUCAAAAUCGAAGUGAGAACAGAACCUUCAAGAUGGGACGCAUAGAACCCACACAGUUAAUACAGAUCCUGAAUGCUAAAGGAGAGUUCUCAAGAAAAGAAGCCAAGGCCAAGGGGGAUGUAUACGUCAAUGGGCACUCGCACAUUCUGGGUGCACGGUCACAGUCUCACCUGUCCAUGAAAGGCUAUCUGCUGACUGAAGCUCCCUCCGUCAACACGGCGUCUCUGUUCUGGAAGCUCAUACAACAACAGGAGUCUUCUACUGUCAUUGUCCUGCCAGACUCGCACCAGAAUCUGUCCAGCUAUGUGCCAUCUCCAGGAGACAGCCUGAACCUGAGUCCAGUCAGUUUGAGAUGUUCAACAGAGAACACAAUCAACCCCGACAUCGUGCUCAGGAACGUUAACGUACAGAUUGACGACCGUCCGCCAUCCCCAGUACAUGUGUACAUAAUGAACCAGUUUCCAGAAGACUCCCACUCCAUGCUGUUGGAACUCCUAGAACAAGUAGACCUUCAUACGACUGGGGAUGAAUCCCAACCAGUAACUGUCAUCUACAGUGAUUCUGACAGAAAGAGAGGUGCAAUGUUGUGCAUCCUGAGCAAUAUUGUUCAAGGCCUGAAGUAUGACAAAACAGUUGAGAUCUACAACAACAUGAAGGCUAUGUCGCACUGCCUGGAUCAAGAUAUCACACAGGCGGACGUUGCUCUUUGUUAUGACGUAGCUUGGGCGUUCAUAGAGUCCCAAAGCAUCUAUGCAAACGUGUAACAAGCAACUAUUCUCCUUCAUGGACCAACAAACCCGAAGUCUCCAACUCGCAGACCUGAUUUGAUACCAUCAGCACUCCCAUUCGUAAUGAAUUUGUAUUUGUUGUCGCGCAUGUAAUUUGUCCCAACAUUUGCUCUUAUUGUACUGUUAUUUGUUAAUGAUUGCCAUAUGAAUAAGUUGACCAUCGAUCCUUAAUCCUGGAUUCACCGAUUUAUAUCAAAAAUACAUCUUAAAAUGAUCUUUGUUUCGUGCUUGUUUCAUAAGUUAGAAGACUAGUUUUAUUAUUUUGUAAAGAAUGUUAUACUUUUGACAUACAAGUAAAUAUAUUGAGGUCACAGAAAAAUCAUAUCUUCAGGCAUAAUUUCUUAAAAUUCUGUGUUUGUAUGUGUGUGAUUGAUGAUAUCACCUAUAAAAUAUGUAAUAAAUUUCAAAUUCUGUCAUCUGUCUGGAACUGAGGCCUCACUCACACGUGAUUCGUGACAAUUACCACAUUAUAAGGUUCAUUUUAUAUAAUGUGAAUUAUAUCACCGAAUGAUAUUUUUUGUAUUAAACUACAAGAACGACACACACAUGUCUCCUUACAGCAGGACAUUGAUGGCAUCCGAUCGCUAUUUUGUACCUGUACCUGUUCAAAAGUUUGAAAUAAAUCUAUUGGAAGAUAAAUAAUGUGCACAAACACACGUAUCACCCGUUUUCAAAUUGUGUUUAUCUCACCACUUGUGCCAACGGUGUCGGUUGUUUGGGCAUAGAAUGCAAAAUCAGACGUACACGCAAUACAAAUAUCUGGACGCCAUUGUAAAGACCCGCCUCAAAACUUCAGUAAACACACAGUUUACACUCCAGAAAAGAAUUAAACAUACAACUUUAUGGCUGAUAAUUUUACCAAACAUUUAUGCAAAAUGAAAAUUCAUAUAUAAUUCAUAACGUCAAACUAGAAAGACAUAUGUGUCGGUUACUCAUGCAUGGUUCAGCUUCUCGUUGCGUUGUUGCUGUUCUUAUCAUUUUUUCUGUUUCCAAUAAAGAUAUUUGAUACUA